GUUUACUGUAGACGACGUAUAUUUCUAGCCUAACUGCAAAGAAUCGCUCGCGAUCUUGUGUUCUCUCUUCGUUUGCGAAUUUGCGAGUUUUUCUUCUAUUGCAGAGCACGAAUUGUUAUUUGUUGAUCACGAGUUGUGUGCAGUGCAUCCUCGACUCCAACCAACGCAGCUAAUCCCCAUCGCCGCGAAAAUGCAACCUCAAAUCAUUCUCCUCAAAGAGGGCACAGACUCUUCGCAAGGCAAGCCCCAACUCAUUUCCAACAUCAAUGCUUGCCAAUCGGUCGCUGAAGCAGUCAGAACGACUUUGGGCCCUCGUGGUAUGGACAAAUUGAUCGUAGAUCAAAAUGGAAAAGGUACCAUUUCCAACGACGGAGCAACUAUUUUGAAGCUUCUUGACAUCGUGCAUCCAGCAGCUAAGACCCUUGUUGAUAUCGCAAAAUCUCAAGAUGCUGAGAUCGGUGAUGGAACUACCAGUGUUGUUUUACUCACUGGAGAAUUCUUGAAACAAAUCAAACCAUUUGUUGAAGAAGGAGUACAUGCGAGAACAAUGAUUAAAUCUAUCAGGAAAGCUACUGAUUUAGCCAUUAGAAAAAUUAAUGAAUUGAGCAUCAAAAUUGAAAAAUCAGAUCCUCAAAAAACACGAAGCACAUUGGAAGAAUGUGCAUCCACAGCUUUAAACUCAAAGUUGAUCCAUCAACAAAAGAAAUUCUUCAGCACAAUGGUUGUUGAUGCAGUCUUAAUUUUGGAUGAACUCUUACCAUUGUCCAUGAUUGGUAUGAAAAAGAUUUCUGGAGGUGCUUUGGAAGACUCUAUGUUAGUUGCCGGUGUUGCCUUUAAAAAAACGUUUUCCUAUGCUGGAUUUGAAAUGCAGCCAAAAACAUACUCUCCUUGCAAAAUUGCUUUGUUGAACAUCGAGUUGGAACUGAAGGCCGAACGUGACAACGCCGAAGUCCGAGUCGACAACGUCAAAGAGUACCAGAAAAUCGUCGACGCAGAAUGGCAAAUUUUGUACGACAAACUCGAAAAAAUCUACAAGAGCGGCGCCAACGUUGUUCUAUCAAAAUUGCCCAUCGGAGAUGUUGCCACUCAGUACUUCGCCGACAGAAACAUGUUCUGCGCUGGUCGCGUCGUCGACGAAGAUCUGAAGAGAACGAUGAAGGCCUGCGGCGGUGCUGUCAUCACCACGGCCAACGAUAUGAGCGAGAAAGUCUUGGGCCACUGCGAGCUCUUCGAAGAGAAGCAAAUCGGUGGUGAACGUUUCAACUUCUUCACCGGCUGUCCCAACGCCAAGACCUGCACUUUCAUCCUGAGAGGAGGUGCAGAGCAGUUUUUGGAAGAGACCGAGAGAUCAUUGCACGACGCUAUCAUGAUCGUCAGGCGAAUGAUCAAGAACGACGCUGUCGUGGCCGGUGGCGGUGCCAUCGAAAUGGAACUUUCGAAAACUCUCCGCGAUUACUCUCGCACCAUCGCAGGCAAGGAACAGCUCAUUAUCGGAGCUAUCGCUCGUGCCCUGGAAGUCAUCCCAAGACAAUUGUGCGACAACGCUGGAUUCGAUGCCACGAACAUCCUCAAUAAACUUCGUCAAAAGCAUCACGCCGGCAAGUGCUGGUACGGAGUCGACAUCAACAACGAGGACAUCGCCGACAACUGGGAGAGCUGCGUCUGGGAGCCCGCCGUAGUCAAGAUCAACGCUCUGACCGCAGCCAGCGAGGCCACCUGCCUGAUUUUGUCCGUCGACGAGACGAUCAAAAGCCCCAAGAGCGGCGGCGGCGAGGCACCACAGAUGCCCGGUCGCGGCAUGGGUAGACCCAUGUAAGCACAAAAUAAAGAAGAAGAAGAAGAAGAAGAAGAAGAAGAAGAUUGAAGAAGAAAGAGAUGCUACUUAAAAUCAUCGUCAUCACGUCAUCAUCGUUUACUGGAGAGAGAGUCCGUGACAGCAGAUGGAUCACCCUUUAUUAUACUUAUAUAAUAAUAAUAUAUUUAUGUUACAAAAAUGAAAUGCAAAGACUGGUUUUUGUGCAGAAGCAUAUUUUGUAAAUAAAUAUAUACCCACAGACAAUUUUUACACGCAAACGCAAUUCUCAAGCACUUCGUUCCAAUUUAACGCAUUUUAUUAUAUAGAAAAAGAUUGUGUUAAGAGAUUAGUACCGCUAGACACCUAGUGUUUGAUAACAAACAAAACAACAAAACGACGAACACCGCUGUUAUGUAUUUUUGUAAAAGCCAGCAGUCUCAGAAUUAUUAUAUUAUUUACAAAAAAAAACAAACAAAAUAAAAAAACAAAACCUAGCUUUA